AAGAUAUCCAAGUAUCCAAGAUGGAAUCAGAAAGCCAAAUUAAGGUUAACAUGCUCUCUUCAGAUAAUGCUGCCAAGGCAGCACCCACUUAUAGUGUUGCAACAUCAGUAAAGGUAGGCGAUGCCACCUUUAUCUUUGGUGCUGGAUGCAUUGGGUUGGACCCAAAGACCUCAAAGCUAGUAUCUGAUGACCUUAAGGAGCAAGUCACCCAGUCAAUGGAGAAUAUGAAAGCUAUUCUGGAAGACAACGGGGCUACUUUGAAGAAUGUGACAAGAUGUCAGCUAUAUUGCUUGACAAUGGAUGAUUUUGCAGCUAUUAAUGAGGUCUAUGCUACCUUCUUCCCCGAGCAUUUGCCAGCUAGAGCUUGUGUAGCAGUAAAGGAACUUCCUUUAGGUGCUAAGUUUGAGAUCUUGUGUGACGCUGUCCUCUAACUCAGAAGAUUUGU